ACAUGAGUAAUAUGAGAAUGACAUCAUCUGUGAGAGUGGAUACUCCCCAGGGAGACGGGGAGUGCAGGAGGAGGGAAAGAAAGCAGCAAUCACUUUGAAAGCUCUGGAUGGAUCCCAGCACACGGCAUGCUGGCAGACACCAGGUAUGACCGCUUUCGCAACGUCUCAGUAACUUCAACAGAGGAGCAGCAACAACUCGCAGCUGGAGACAUGAGUGGACAGGUGGCCCCUGGUUCUCCCACUGCAACACCCUCUCUGGGCCCACCAUUCUCAGAGCCACAGUAUGCUGAGGAGCAAGAUGUAGCAACUACCUUCUGUAUGAUGAUACCUAGGAUGGGGCAAUGGAAAUUUGCAAGCCCAGCUUCUUUUUUAAGUCGCUCACCAUCAGGAGCCAGCAAAGAACUGACACUGGACAAACCUGGGACUGGAGGGGGACUGGGGUCAGUGUUUGGGGCCUGUGAUCCCGUAUGCUCCACACCUUGUACUCUGCAAGUAAUUAACCGGUUGCGAGGGGGUGAAAGAGGGGGAGGGAGGAAGGUUUCACGGACAGAGACAUACAAACUCUCAGGUGAAGAGUGGAACCGUAAAGGGACUUUUAUCAGCAAACCAGCUCAGGGUUGGCUGCACCCUGAUGAACAAUUGCAGGGCCCUGGGGUCUCAUAUAUUGUGAGGUACAUGGGUUGCAUUGAAGUGCUAAGAUCAAUGAGAUCAUUGGAUUUUAACACACGAACCCAAGUGACAAGAGAGGCCAUCAACCGGCUUUACGAAGCUGUUCCGGGAGUGAGAGGAACUUGGAAGAAAAAGGCCCCAAAUAAAGCCUUGGCAUCAAUCUUAGGCCGGAGCAAUCUUCGAUUUGCAGGAAUAAGCAUUGCUGUUAAUAUAUCCAUUGAAGGAUUGAAUCUCAGCAUACCAACCACCCGACAGGUUAUUGCCAAUCAUCACAUGCAGGCUAUCUCAUUUGCAUCAGGAGGAGAUGCGGACACAACAGACUAUGUGGCAUAUGUGGCCAAGGACCCAAUAAAUCAGAGAGCCUGUCACAUUCUGGAGUGCUGUGAGGGGUUGGCCCAAAGUGUAAUCAGCACUGUAGGACAAGCCUUUGAGUUGAGGUUCAAACAGUUCCUGCACAGUCCCCCCAAAGUGGCAGCACCCCCAGACAGGCUGGUGGUGGGGGGAGAGGACCAUGCAUGGGGAGUAGAAGAGUACCAAGUUUCUGAACACAACUAUUACAACAGUAUCCCAGGCAAGGAGCCCCCAGUAGGUGGAUUGCAAGACUGUCGUGUAAGAGAAGCUGGAGCGACCUGUCAACCUCACCCACAGAUAACUGUUAAUGGACACUGGCCUCAGGUGUGUUCUCCAGCUAGAAAACCCCCAGUAUCACAUUCAGGAUCUCAGUGGGAGCUGGAAGAGCAAGGACAAGCAAGUGAGGAAUUUCCAUUGACCAAUGGCAAAUCCAAUGGAGCAAGAGAUUAUGAGGAACAUAUGUAUGUGAACACCCAGAACAUAGAUGGCUGGAGUUCAGACAAGGAAGCCUACAUGAUCCCUGAAGACAGUCCUAAGAAGGAUCUAUUUGACAUGAGACCUUUUGAAGAUGCCCUGAAGCUCCAUGAGUCUGGUCUUUCAAGCUCUCCAAGGAUGGAAGAUCAGUGGCCCAGUCCCCCAACCAGGAGGGCUCCAGUGGCUCCAACAGAGGAGCAGCUUCGAGGGGAGCCUUGGUACCAGGGGAAGAUGAGCAGAAGAGAAGCUGAAAGAUUACUACAGAGGGAUGGGGAUUUCCUAGUAAGAGACAGUAUAACCAAUCCUGGGCAAUAUGUCCUAACUGGCAUGCACAAAGGGCAACCCAAGCAUCUACUACUUGUGGACCCAGAAGGAGUGGUAAGGACAAAGGAUGUGCUGUUUGAAAGCAUUAGUCACCUGAUCGCCUAUCAUCUACACAAUCAGCAGCCAAUCGUAGCAGCUGAAAGUGAGCUGCAUCUGAGACAGGUGGUACCAAGGAGAAUUACAUCAUAGAGUCACAUUUUAGGAAUACUACCUGGAUCAAGAGAGGAAAAGAGCAGAGCUGAUCCACUAUCUGCACCCUUACUGGCCCAAGGGGACCUCUUUUCUCUGUUGUCUAAAAUCUCUGUGUCAGACUGAAUUCAGGCCCCUCUAUUAUAGUUUCGUUGCUGUAUUGUUUCACCACAAGAGGGUGCUGUUGAACACAGAGAGAUAGCCUGACAUCCUAGGGAACCGGCUGGUCGUAUACUGGAGUUAACCCUUUGCCUGCUUCUGGAAAACCAAAUACAUUCUUCGCUGAGAAAUAGACUGGUAAUGCAUAGCAGGUCCCUCUGGCUCUGGCUGCAAUAGGUUUAACCUCCUAACUGAAGUAUACAUACAAUAUUUGUAACAACGAGAUAAUUUUGUCUUACCCAAUCUGUCAUUUUCCUACCUGCUAUAAACCCUUGGACUCAACUUGAUCCUCAGACUUAUUUGAUAUGCAGGGUUAGCCUUAUGUAUGUCAGAUUGUCAAGCAUGGCUGAGUUUGCAGGAAAAAAAUAAGCGUGGAUAAGAAAUAGUUUUGUUGAAAUCUCAUUCACACACAGAUUAUAGUGUACCAAUUGUGUACACACACAUUUACACACACAGACAGGUAGACACAACCAGACACAUGUGCCUAUUAAACCAUGUAAAAUAUAGCCAUGAUGUAUGCAUUUUAUUGGGCAUACCUUAAUGUUCAGGGCUUCUGGCAGCCCGAGUAUACAGAAU